AUGCGUAUGAUAUUCACUCCGAAACACCAAAGAUUGGUGAAUCAAUGUUAUCCUACAGGUAGAACAACCGAUAAGAAACCUAAAUCAUCGGAGACUUCUUAUUUAUUGUAUUACGUCAACUCGAGACGUAGUAAACUGGAGAAAGUCAGUAGUUAUUUAAAAAAGAGAACCUCUAGUGACCUCGGUAGUAGAAGGCGAGCAGGUAAUGUCUCUGUUACUUUGGAAUUAAUGGAUAAAAUUGUGAAGAAUUGUAAAGAAAAUUUGAAUGUUUUCAUUAAGGAUUUUUUCACAAUUAUGAAUAAUGUUAUGUCUAGUGGUUCUGUGAAUAACGAUGUAGCUAUUGUGGAAUUAGUGGAUCAAGUAUUUUAUAGUAUAUGUUCUAAUAUUGAUGGUACUUUAUAUAAUAGUGAUACAGAUUUUAACCACUAUUUUUCAAGUUUUGUAGAUCAAUUCUUAAAAGUUAUUAAAACUAUUUUGAAGAAUGAUGAUUUAUUAUUAAAUUGGUGUGUUGAUAUCUCUCAAAUUUCACAACUGUCAAGUAAUCCAAAAUUAAAUCAUUAUAUCUCUGAAGCUGUAAACUUAUCCUUAGUGAAGUUUCAAGAGCGUCAUUCAAGAUAUAGUAAACCAAAUAUAUUGGAUGACACAUAUAAUGAUAAUGAACAAUUGUUAUCUAAAAGAUUAACACGAACCCAGACACGUAUGAUUGGUCUUGACAACGUUAAAGGUACUGAAUUUGAUUCUGAUACAUCAAUUAAAGCAUUACAACAAUUUUUCAAUACUACUGAGACUGAAAAAUUGAAUAUCUCAUUAAGAGUCCUGUUGACACGUCUACAAGAAACUCCGAACAAAGAAUUUUUGGAAUUUAUUUGUAAUGGUGUUCAAGUACAAUUGAGAUAUAUCGUUAUUAUUUUAAUAAUGAGACAAUUGACAAUUGAAGAGAAAAAAGUAGAUCCAGUGAUUUGUUUAAGGUUGAUGUCAUCAUUACUGACAUCUGAUGUCAGUAUCGUUGGUUUAAGUAUUUUGGAUAUUAUUAGGAAAAUAAUUGAAUAUCAAUUAAAACAUUUGAGUAAUAAAAGAAUUGUCGAUCAAUGUAGAUUUACUCUAAGAGAUGUCGAAUUUAAGACAUAUUACAAAGGGCAAACUACCGAUGUAUUAUACGAUAUUGUUGGUAGAAUAAAUUCUAUCACUCAUGAUAGUGCAUUAGAUAAUGAACAGUCUGGACUUUCGACACAACAACUCAAGAAAUCGAUUUUGAUAGAUGAUCUUCUUGAAGUGACAUCAUUUAAGAAGGAUAAGUGUAUGUCUAUAGAACUUUACGUGGAAUUGAUACCAUAUUUUAAUAAGAAUCUAUUAGGCCUGUUUGAAUUGAUUGAUAAUCAAAUCCCUGGGGCCUAUAUAUUCAAUAGACUGUUUCAAACAAUUGAAACUCAAGGAGAUAUUGAAUUAGAGAAAGAGUUGAUGGAAGCUAUCUUUAACAAAUAUAAAAAAUAUGCUUUAUUUGCAGGUUUAAAAUAUUUCUAUGAGGAAACUACCGAAAUUCCUAGCUACAUAUAUUAUUGUUAUCAUUCUAAUGCGGCUAAAUUUAUUGGGCUUCAUGAUUAUGCUACUCAAGCAGAUUAUAAGUAUGAAAACAAAACACUCUUUUCAAAAGAAGAUUUAUUAAAUUUUUACUCUGAUGAAGGAUCUAAUCCAUAUAGUCAGAGAGGUACUCAAAUUUUACUAUCCAAAUCUGCAAUGGGCUCAGUCACUGACCUAACAGCUGAUCACCAAGUUAAGCAAUCAAUGAUCGAUACCCCAGAAAAGUCACUAGUUGCACUCACCAGUAGUCAAGCUGAAAAAUUGGAAGUACUUAAACAAAGAACGGAUAAAUCCAGAAAUGGUACGAUUGGAACUAAUAAUGGUCUUUAUCAAAAUCGUAAUAAUAUAUAUAGACAUGUUUCUGAUGAUACAAGAUCUUUGAAAUCCUUAGGACGGAAGACCCCAAAUAUCAAACAAUUAAAGAAGGCAGUUAAGAAUGCACCACAGAACGAGAAAAACAUGUUCAAUCAAACCGUCACGCUUCCUUUAAGAGGAUCUCAAUCUGUCAAAUCGAGGGUAACAAAUAUCACAUUCUUAUUAAAUGAAUUGAAAAGUAUAGAUACAGGUAGUGAAAUGAAUAGAAUACGCGACCCUGACGAGGAGGAUAUUGUUGGUCUUGGUAAGAUCGAUAUGGCAAGGUCGCAGUCCUCAAGAUUGAGUCGUCAUGGAAGUACCACAAGUAAUGAAAAUAGAAGAUCUUUUAUGAUGAAAAGAAUGUUGAAUAAUAGCAAUAAGGGGAUAGCAGAAACUUUAGAAUCUUCAGAGACGGAUGAUUUUCAGGAUGCUCACGAAGAAGUUAAUAUUAUGGACACCAGAGGUAUGUUGUUCAACACAGCAUAG